AUGCCGUGCGCGGUUUCUUUUGGUGCUUCCACUCAGGGAGUUAUCGAGCAAGUACUUCUAAACGCAGAAGUAAAUUUACGUUUUCCUAAAAGUACUGCAUCUGAAGGAAUAAAAGUGAUCCGUCCUGCAGUUCCCGAUGCUGCCGAGCUAUGCUACCGUGUUUCAAUCAUCUCUCCAGAUUACGGUCAUUCACGGCCCUCUUCUGCACAGCCAUCUUUAGCAACCCGGCCUUCGAGUGGAUCUCAGCCUACUUUCGUAACCCUACCCGCUCAUCAGAUUAAACGCCGAUCGUGUUCAACCCUUAACAGGGAAACAUUGCGUUCUUUUAUCCUGCAGACUUGCGAGAUGCGCAACGGCCUUCUUCUACCAAAGGUUGCUAGCCUAAUUAGUGAACAAUUUAAAUGUUUUGCUUACAUUUAUCUAUAG